CCAGCCUCAGGUAUCCUCUCCCCACCUCCUCCCCCCACCUGAGGUACCCUCCCCCCACCUCCACCAGCCUCAGGUAUCCUCUCCCCACUUCUUCCCUCCACCCGAGGUAACCUCCUCCCACCUUCACCAGCCCCAGGAAACCUCCCUCCACAUUUACCAGCCCCAGGUAGCCUCCACCCGCCUCCUCCAGACUCAGGUCACCUCCCCCCACCUCUUUUCCCAUGACCUCCUGGAGUCCCAGUUCCUCCUGUCCAGCCAAAACCAGCACCAACGUCUCCAUCAACCAGACCAUGAGGACCAGAGCAGAUCUGAACCACCCUGUCUGCUCAACAGCCACAGUUACUCCUACCAGGACCAGCAGCUGGACCAGAGCCAGUUCAACACACACCUGGUCACACACACCCCGCUGUUGGACUCUCACACACUCCAGCCCGAUGUUACUGAUCUGCAGCACAAUCACACGCACUUCUUCACACACUCCAACACACACACGGUCCACUACAAUGGUGUGUAUGGGUUGCCGGAGCCAGAGGACCAGGGGCCUGCAGAGCUGACACCACCCCAGCUGCAGUGCUCCCCGCUGGGCUGCGGAUCGAGAGGAGACGGCCUGGGUGGGUGGAGCUCCAUGGAGGUGAGCUCACCAUCCGGCCUCCAGUGUUACUCGGACAGGUACCCCACCUGCCUGUCCCAGCCCUUCUGCAGCCCCCACACCCCCAGUCCCAGCCCUCAUUACCCCGUCCCGCCCCAGGUCGCCUGCAGCCCCAGUCCUGGACUUGGCUUCGAUGCCCAAACACCCAUGCACCUAGGCAGCGAUCACACCCACACCCACUGUCAAACUGAGCCUGACAGGUACAGCAUGACCUCCGACCCAGGCCGACACGCCCCUCAGGUGUGCUGCCCCCCCAACCCGAGCCACAGCGCAUCAAACCUGGACCCGACCGGCCUCCGUGAUGUGGGGAAUUUUCUCCAGAGCAGGAGCCAGGACUUUGUUGCUCCUACCCAGCCAGCAGUGCUCACCGGCGGGCAGAACUGGAGGGAGGAGUGGUGUGGAGGAGGAGGACGAGGAGGACGAGGAGGACGAGGAGGACGAGGAGGAGGAAGAGGAGGAGGAGGACGAGGAGGAGGAGGAAGAGGAGGUCGGACAGACCCUCACGUCCUCCAGUCCACGGCUCAGCAUCAGAACCAGAUUAAACUUCCACGGCAUGAAAACAGCAGUGAGGCUUCAGACUGCAGGUUGAUGUGUGCAGUGUGUCAUCGUGACUUCAGGAGUUUGCCAGCGUUAAACGGACACAUGCGAUCUCACGGUGGCUUCAGAUCUGCGACACACACACCUCACAACAGCAAGGGCGGGGGGGGGUCCUCCCCUCCCGUUAUGCCCGUCUCUGUCACCUUCACUGCCGCCGCCCGGCCUCCCUCUGAGGAGGAGGGAGGGGGCGUGGCCAAAGGGUGGAGGCGGGGAAAGAGCAAGUGGCUCCGCCCCCUUGUCCUCCCUCCCUCCUCGUCCACAGGGGGCGCUGUGCUCUACCGCAGCCUGAUGCGCCUCAACGCCGCCACUGAAGAGGAAGACGAAGGUGUCUCGGUUGCCGAGGACGACGGGGCGGUCGCUGUGAGCGACGCGGUGGAGGACAGGAGGGACGGGACAGUUGAUGCUGAGGAAGUGGUUGCCAGGGGCAACGGGAGGGGCAGUGGGCGGGCUCAGGUGGCGGUCUACACCCCUCCCACCAUGCUGUGCCCCGUCAGGGCGGGGCCGGGCCUGUUCUGCUCACUGACCAGAGGGAGGCAGCAGAGAGCAAAGAGCAUCCAGCUGCACCGCCCCCACGAUGGAGUUGAUGACCUUGUUGCCGUGGUGACCACAGAUCCUGAAAAACCCGGAGGAGGCAUCGAGCCGCACAUCAAUGUAGGGCGGGACUUCCAGGCCGAGAUCCCGCCUCUGCAGGACCGCCGCCACGCCCCCUCAGACUCCCACAAUGCACUGCUGCUGUGGCUGCCAAGACCAGAGCUGGAGAGUCCUGCCAAUCAACAGAGAGUGGAAGCUCUCGUGGCGAUGGCUCGCUCCAGUGUUGUGCCAGGGGGCGGGGCCAGCCCAGACCACGCCCUCCACGUCCUGUCAGAGUGCAGAGGAGACUUCCUGUCUGCAGUGGAGACGCUGCUGUCCCAUCCUGAGCCCUGCAGCCCGCAGCACACAGGCAGCAGCAGGUGGAGUGCAGCAGAGAGGAGGUUGCUGGUUAAAUCCCUGCAGCAGCAUCAGAAGGACUUCAGCAGCGUGCAGAAGGCGGUGCAGACCAAGUCAGUGUGUCAGUGUGUGGAGUUUUAUUACCUGUGGAAGAAGCGUCUGCGUCUCAGCGUGCCGAGCAGCUCGCAGCAGAAGGAUGACAUCAUCACCUCCACCCAAUCAGAGCCUCUGCAGGCCAGAUGACGUCACCGAGGCGACGGCCAAUCGCAUGGAGCCUUACGUGGGCGGAGUCUGUGCUGAGAAGAGGGGGGGGGGAUUUGAACCUGUGACAUGUCGGCACUGUGCUUCCCCCCCCACCACACACACACACACACACACACACACACACAAACAGGAAGUGGGAGUGGCAGCUUCCUGAAGUUCUUACAUUUUAUUACAUUACAUUUAAUUACACUUUUAAUAAAUAUUGACGUGUUUUUGUUGUGAAAAUCCAAACGUUAGCUUGAGCUGCUGUCACAGCUAACAGAGACAUGCUAAAUAAAUAAAUAAAUAAAUAAAUAAA